AUUCUUUCUAAUUCAAUCGGUGAAAAAUCCGUCCACCAGUUCCCAAUUAGGGGCUGAGAUUUCAGAGCAACAGGUGAGAAGGGUCUGGGGAAAUGGAAAUAGAAGGUACCACAGAAACAUAAACUGAUUCUAUUGAUUCUCUUGGAGACCAAAUCAAUAUCGGUGUUAGGUACACGGCCCUUUGAGAGGUUCAUGUAACAACCACCCCUUGUCGAUAGCUGCUAUUGGUCGAUCCGUUUCAAUCAAAGACAUAUUUUCAUUUUUUUCCCAAUUUGGUCACUCCAGUAAUCAUGUUAAAGUCAUAAAAAAACAGAUGAGAAAAGGGCAAAAGAAAAGUGAAUGGAGACACACCGACGACAUAAUCACAUAGUAUCUAGAAAUGUUUGACUAUAUUUUAAAAAACUUUGAGUAACUCAUCUAUUCGGUAUGGCGGAGGAAGAUUCUAGGGCAUCGGCAACUGAGCUAAGUAUUGCUCAAUCGAGUUCAAGUCUUGCACCACGAAGUUUGAGGGCUGCAUCUUCCUUUCUCAAAUCUCUGAGCACUUUGACCCCAGGAAAAUCUCGGUCGACUCACUUGACCAGUAACUUGGGAUCUCUAAAAUCACCAGAAAAGUCUGAUGUUUCUGUGAGCGCUGUCGAAUUUGGAUCAAACUUGCCUCCAGAGAACAAGACAAUAGAUCAAAAUGCGGAUCUAAAAACCAGCAGCCUCAAAGGUCUUCCGGAGGAGAAAAGCAACUCACUCGAAAUUUACAAACCUGAAAAUCCAUCAUGGGCUAAAAUGCGUCCCACGAAAUUCAUGAGGCAGUAUCCAGAACUCUUCCGACGAGAUGUUAGCAUCAAUCCGAGCUACACGGGCCUGAAAAAUUUCCCCUACCACGUCAUCUGUCGCCAAAGAUGUCAUAAGAAUAAAGUGAAGAUGACCCGUCAGCUAAAUCGAGAAAUUCAUGAAAUAACCAUGAUGCAGUCACUAGCACUCGAUGGCGUCAGAGUUGAAAGAAUAUUCACUGUUGGAUUUCCUGCAUCCGCUGCAAUCAUCCCAGAUCCGCUGACUCCCCAGGAAAGACUGAGGCUGAACAGACUUUUCUCUGAGAGAUGAUUGUGUGGGUGGAAAGCACAAUUCUAUACCAAAUAAAUAAAACAAACCUGUAUGAUUUGAUUCAUUUCGAAUUAUUUGUUUCAUGUACAAAACGCUGAUGCUACCAGCAAAUCAGAUUUAGUGAAUAAAAAAACGA